CCUCGCACACGGUCGGUGCAUUCAGUGUGGUGUUGCUGUAGGAUUGCAGACGUCUGUAGGAGACCCGAGAGCCGGAUCGGUGAAUGUCGGCCGUGGUGACCCUCCGACCCAAAUAUGACCCCCCCGACCACCUCCAGUCCAAGCAGAACGGCCCCAACGCUCACGGGAUGUAUGUGGAGUCGGAGGCGACCUUCAGCGACUCGGAGCUCUUCCCCGAUGAGGAGAGUUUAACGCUCGGCCAUCAAGAUGUCCACCAUGAAUCGGACUUGGACAGCGCCAUCGAGAGCACGCCGAGCUCGGAGGUCUCUGAUGAAUGCCGCAGCGAUGGGAAGGCCGAGGAUGUUCAUGGGCUCUACCUCCCCGGAGAGCGGAACCUUCUCAACCCUUCGGCCUUGUCGGAGUUUUCCAGCCAUUCCACGGCCUCAGUCAUCAGCGGUGAGGAGCAGUUUGAGGACUACGGGGAAGGAGAUGAUGUGGAUUACGCCCCCAGCAGCCCGUGUCCCGAUGAUGAAAGUCGGACCAAUGCCUACUCUGACCUGGGCUCCUCCGUCCCCUCCAGUGCCGGACAGACUCCUCGUAAAACGAGGCACAUGUACAACAGCGAGUUACUGGACAUGUAUUGUACGCAGUGCUGCAAGAAGAUCACCCUGCUGAACGACCUGGAGGCCCGUCUGAAGAACCUCAAAGCCAACAGCCCAAACAGAAAGAUCACCAGCACAGCAUUUGGGAGGCAGCUCUUCCACAACAGUAACCUGAGUAGCAGUAAUGGCAGCACAGAGGACCUCUUCCGGGACAGCAUUGACUCCUGUGACAAUGACAUCACAGAGAAGGUCAGUUACCUGGAGAAGAAGGUGACAGAGCUGGAGAACGACAACCAGACAAACGGAGAUGUCAAGUCCAAAUUAAAGCAUGAGAACACCCAGCUGGUGCACAGGGUACAUGAACUGGAAGAACUGUUGAAGGACCAGGAGACCAGGUCGGAUCAGAUUCUGGAUGAGGAGCUGAAGCGGCAUAGGGAAACGUACUCCAGGCUGCAGAAGGAAAAGGGAACAGAGAUCGAACUGCUGAACGCCAGGGUUCAGGAGCUGGAGGAGGAGAAUGAAGAGUUACUAACCAGCAUCACCAGACUGAAGUCUCAUACAGAGAGGAUAGAUGAGGAGAGACAGCGCAUGUCUGAUAGGCUGGAGGACACCAGCCUGCGGCUGAAAGAUGAGAUGGAUCUGUACAAGAAAAUGAUGGAUAAACUACGGCAAAACCGGCAGAACUUCCAGCGGGAACGUGAAGCCACGCAAGAGCUGAUUGAAGAUCUGCGGAAGGAGUUGGAGCAUCUACAGGUGUACCGCUUGGACUGCGAGAGAAAUGGUCGGGGGCGGAGCUCGUCUGCGGGACUGUACGAAUACAACGCCAAAACCCGCGAAUCCGAGCUGGAGCAUGAGAUCAGACGCCUCAAACUGGACAACCAGAAGCUCCGGGACCAGAACGAUGACCUCAGCGGGCAGAUUCUCAGCCUCAGCCUAUAUGAAGCCAAGCAUCUCUUCUCCACCCAGACAAAGGCGCAGUCACUGGCAGCCGAGAUCGACACCGCCUCGAAGGACGAGCUGAUGGAAGCUUUGAAGGAACAAGAGGAGAUCAACCUGCGUUUGCGGCAAUACAUGGACAAGAUUAUUCUGGCUAUCCUGGACCACAAUCCCUCCAUCCUGGAGAUCAAACAGUGACCUGUUCACUCCGCUGACCCUCAUCACACUCCAUUGACUGUCCUGUCCUUGUCUAGGAAUAGGUCUUCUAGAUUCAAUGUCCUUGUAGUGCGCUCCGGGGACCAACCUGCACACUGACCCGCCCCCAUGUUUCCCCUCCAAGACACUUUAAGACUUGACGCUGCUACAGCACGCCUGGAUUAACCUGGGAUGACUGGAAAUAUGAAUUCCAUGGCUGACGCCUGGAUUAACCUGGGAUGACUGGAAAUAUGGAUGCCAUGGCUGACGCCUGGAUUAACCUGGAAGAACCUGGUAUGAUUGGAAUGAUAGAUGUCAUGGCUGAUGCCUGGAUGAAGCUGGAAGAACCUGGUAUGAUUGGAAUGAUAGA